AUGAUCAGAGUUUCUCAGAUCUGCACAGAGAAUCUCAAGUUUGUGGCUCUGAGGUGCUGCAAACAGGCCCUGCAGACGACAAAGCCCAAGAAAGUCCUGGCAGAGAUGUUAUUGGAGAUAAUCAACACUCACAUUGAAAAUGUGGGCAAAAGCAUUUACAACGACUUAUGCCAAACAUACUCCCAGAAAGAGCUGGGUCUAUUCACCUACUCCAGCCUGGACCUCAUCAAAGCCAGCGUCCCAUACAUCGCUCAGAGACUGACCACAGACAGGUUCACUCCUCGCACCGACCACGACAAGUAA